AUGCCCCCGGCAGCGUUUGAAGACCCGUCCCGCCAAAACACCCAGUUUCCUGGUGACAAUAGCCCGCCCUCUCGGGACCCGAUUCGAGUGAACCAGGAACAAGAGCCAAGCGUCAAGAGCAAGAAGAAGGGCAAGAAUGGCUGCAGGGGAAAGGAUAAAGCGGCCAAACCAGCCGUCCAAGCAAGUCUGGAGGAACUAACCCAGCCAUCACCACCUUCGCAGUCCGAGCCGUCCUCGUAUCCAAACAAUGCGUUUAGCCGUCCUGCAAAUAACAUCGGUGUGUCGCCGGUUCUGGAAGCGCUGGGCUCGCUGGGGAACAAUACAGAAAACGAGACGGCCUAUCGAACAGGGGCUUGGGCCAAAUCAAUCCCAUUUGGGAAGAGUCCUCCAAAUGACCUGGUCGAUCCUGGCUUUGCCAAUGGAUCGCCUCUCAGUUUUCCCAAUCAGGUUGAAAGGGGUGGCUUCAGCAAUGUCUCUUCUUCUGCGUCCCCUCCCCCAGCGAGGGCCAGGCCGAUGAGCUAUGGCAAUGGACCGUUCAACCUCGCUCCAUCACGUCACCAGUCGGUUGACAGGCAGAAGCGUCAUUCAAUGGGCGGCCAGUUCCAGAAUCAGCCCCCGUUACCACAUCUACCCCAAGCUCAUUUCUAUGGAGCCCCGGAAAUCGACCUGCCCUCAUUCUCCCCUGCAAACAGGCCCGCAACGGACAAAAACUAUUCGUUCUGUGCCUUUGAUUCGAUCCCUGGACCUCCAUUCAAAGCUGGUAAAAUGGGAGGGAAGGUGCUCCUGGUCGGGACUGAUGGUGGUCUGGACGUCUUGGCAAUUGAGGACUGCAAGACACGUCUGAUUGGAAAUAUAACGGGCAUUAAUGGACGGGUUCUCGACGCGAAACUGUUGCCGUACACCUCGCAGUCGGAUCCCUAUGCAUCCUCGCGUCCUCAUGUGGCUGUCAUAGUCCAUGGCCCUGUGACUCACAAAGACGACGGAGGCGGGUCCUCUUCCGCCGGAUCUGAGCCGAACGAGAUUCUUCCGGGUCUUCCAGGAAAACCAUCGUCGCACGAGAGGCAGCAGAGCAAGGAUGAAACUGUCUACUAUCAAACAAGAGUGGAGGUCUAUUCCCUCAGGACUGGCGACCAUAUCACGACGCUUUUUACCAGCAAGCUGGUGCCGUGCUUUGAGGGUUACCCGAACCUUUCUUUGUUCGCGCCGUCACCAGUUGGUAACCUAAAACUCUAUGCAAGUGGUAAUUACGUCGUGGUCGCUUCAGGCGUCAGUGGUGAGGUGUUUAUAUAUGGUGUCAUCGCAUCCGCUGCCCCGAAUGCGUAUCAGUGUCUCGCGAAAACUUGGACUAGUAUCCAGUCAAGGGACUCCCGCCGUUAUUCCACUUCUUCGAGCUCGACAGACCAGGAUGGCUCGCAGGCCGAUGCUCCCAAUGGCGCAGCUUCUUCUGACACCCCGAUCAUAUCUCUGAGCGGAAGAUGGCUAGCGGUGGUACCGCCAUCGUUUUCCUCGAGGGCCCCACCCUUAGGUACUGUGCCUGCACCUCUGCUCCAGAGAAAGAUUCACGGUCUGGAGACGCUCAUCCCGCCAUCAAAACCAGCCGUGACCUGCGCAACUGAUUCCGGUGAAAGAGAGAGCCUUUUCAACAAGGUAGCCAGGGGCGUUACGCAGGAGCUUUUCAGAGGUGCUCGAUGGAUGGGUGACCAAGGUCUGCAGGCUUGGAAUAACUACUGGAACAAGGACCAGCAAUCCGCCCAGAAUGGGAACUUACGUCGUCCAUCCCAGUUUGCGGAUUCUCAGCAGCAAGGUCAUAACAUAUUCCCUCCAACACACGGUCAGGAUACUUCUGGGGUGUCGUCAUCGGAACCCGAUCUAGUAUCAGUGAUUGACAUCAAAAAGCUGGAAGACAGCCAGGAGACAAAGACGUCAUUUCCAGGACCUAUUGCCACUUUCCAGGCCCCGAAUGGAUGUAGCUUCUUGUCAUUGUCUCCAAACGGGCUAAUGCUGUUGACAGCAAGCAAGAAAGGAGACGUGCAGUAUGUGUGGGACCUCAUGCAAAUCAAGCAUUGCAGAGCUGCUGCUUUUUUGUCGGACGACUUGACUGCUAAUAGCAACUAUAAUCCAACCACUCCUCAUGUGCGGCAGGUCUCGAGGUAUGCACGCCUCACAACUUCCAGUAUUGUCGAUGUCAUAUGGACGCACCCUAUUGGUGAGAAACUGGCGAUCAUUACACGGAAAGGCACAGUUCAUGUCUUUGAUAUUCCUCGAAGCGCCUUCCAAUGGCCUCCAUUCCGUCGAGCACGACCGAUGCCCAAGAAUUCUCAGGCUGAAGAUCCGGCAGCGGCUGCUGCUGCUGCACAGUCUGAGGAAACAGGGUCUACAAACCCCUUUACUGCAGCAAUGAAAUUCGUUGGAGGGACGACACAACCUAUUCUCGCGGCUGUUAGAGGUCGUACUACUAGCAUUGGUACCACAUUUCCCGCUGUAACUGGCUUUGGGUUAUCCUCUGCGGCUGGUGUCAGAGGCAGUAAGGCUGUUGCUGCUGGCCUUAGCAAAUCUGUCGGCGCUGCAACAGGUACCGUUAAGACACUGCGUCAUGUCGGAGAGAAUCGAUUACAUUUGGCGGGAUUCUCCAGAGAUCCUGUGGCCUCUCGCGUAACAUGGAUUUCCGCUCGAGACGAAUGCCUGCUCGGUGUCAUAGACAGCGGGUAUUUCAAAUUAUACAAAAUCAAGCGCAGCGUGGUCAAUCAGAAGUCUCGGCGAAACCACUCGGUCAUCGGACCGAAGAUCAUGGAAUUCAAGUUGCCUCCAUAUCUGCAGAACUCCUGCGGUCCCAUGCAGCUAGGUUUCUCAGUGGAUUCAGCUCUGAAUGCAUCUUGGGCUUUGCCUUCAACCGCUCCCCACUCUUCUUCUACCACAAAGCUCAAGUCCCAGCCCCUCUCGCAGGCCGAGAUUGAGACAAAUGCUCCGUAUCAACCUUUUCAUACGGAUCGAAGAGUCAAUCUUUACGUAUUCACUGGAUCCGAGGCACACGACUCAGCAGCAUCUCCAACAACUAGCCAAUGGGUCUUUGGCAAUGAUAUCCCCACUCAAAAACUUCAUGUCCGCCCUCUUAACCAAAGUGAUGAUGAAGAUGUCCUACCAGGACAGCAGGCUGGCCUGAGGGAAAUGGAGAAUCUUAUCAGUCUUGGAAAUGGCGGUGAUCAAGUCGACGAGGUCGUCAUCACGACGAGACGGAAGAAGAAGCAUUCCGAUCCACUCUCCGGUACUUCUCCUGGAAUGGAUGACGAUGAUGGAUUUUUUGAAGAUGAUUGCGACGUUUUGGAUUUUGCCAGAGACAGGGUCUAA